AUGAGUCGAGUCUUGCGCGGUCAGAUCGACCCCUCAAUCCGCCUCCGGCGCGCCAUCCACGCCAACGACCCCUCCCUCGCCCAGCGCAUCCUCACCUCCCACCCCCACCUCCUGCACAACCCAGACCUCUCCCUCACCGGCAACGCCAACUCCAACCUCCACCUAGCCGCCUCCCUCGGCCACCUCGCCAUCUGCCGCUUACUAGUCGACCUCGGCCACGAAUCCGACACCAUCGACAGGUCCAGCCCCAGCCCAGCCCUCAACGACGAGCACCAAACCGCGCUCAUGCUCGCCGCCGCCGCGGGCCACACCGAAGUAGUCCACUUCCUCAGCGAGCACAACCCGCGCUGCAUCCUGCGCCAGGACAUCCGCGGCCGCGACGCCAUCAUGGAAGCCAGCCUGCACGGGCACGACACAGCAGUGCAGAUUUUACUCACCUACGCCCCCGGUGGUGCGGGGGCCGCGCUGGCGCAGGCGGAUGCGGAUGGGAACACGGCGCUGCAUUUUGCGAGUAGUAAUGGGAAUUUGCUGGUGUUGCGGACGUUGUUGGCUGCUGGGGCCGAUGCGGGACGCACGAAUGCGUGGAGUUGGACGGCGGAGGCGUAUAGUGCCACGGUGCAGGCGGAGGUGUAUUUGAAGACGUUGGUAGGGGAGGUGGAGAGGAGGAAGUUGGCCAGGAGAGAGGGGGAGGUGGGAGUGAAGACGGGGGCGGCGGUUAGGUUGGUGGGGCAGGAUGUUGGGGAUUAG